GAUAUUAUCCUCGAGUAUUUAUUUUUGUUGAAUGCAUGACUAUUCACCGCUGAAAUACAUAUUAUUGUUCCAUAUUACAAUAUCUAUAAUCCACUAAUUUCAGAAAAUGGAUGAUAAAAUUGAACAACCAGAAAAUGGAAAUAAAUAUGAAUUUAAUACUAUUUCGGAUAAAAAAGAUUUCGGUUCAUUAGGUAUACCGAAUUAUAUAAUUGAAUAUGAUCCAUUGAAUUUAGUCAUCAAAUGUCCUCGUUAUCAUCGAUUUAUGACAAAAGAAAAUUCAGAGAUCAAUAUUGAUGAUCUCGAUCAGAUACAAUUAGAAAUGGAAACGUUGCUUUUGGAUACGAUGAAACGUUUGCGAUUACUGAAAAAUGAAUUGAAUGCCAAUGAAAUUAAAAUGUUAAAAAAUAACAUUGAUGCAUCAUCAUCAUCAUCGUCAUCAUCAAAGUCAAAAAUUGAAAUAAAACAACCGUAUGCUGUAAAAGAGAAAACUUUUGAAAAAUAUUUUGAUCGAAUAACAUUUAAAAAUAAAGCAAAUGGCACGAUGCCAACAAAUUAUGAAAUAAUCGAACGUUUCAUCGGUACUCCAUAUCCACAGCUCAAUGAUGUAGAUAUACCUAAUCAAUUUUGGUCAUUUGUACAUUAUUUUCAUGAUAUUUCACCUACCGAAGAAGAAGUCAAGCAAUGUGCCGCAUUUUAUGAUGCAUGUGAAUCGUUGAAUGAUGAUUUAUCACUAAUAACUGGUUCGAAUUUAACGAUCAAUGAGAAGAAUGAUGAUACUAAUAACGACAACAAAAGUGAUGAAAAUCUAACUGAAUAUCUGGAAAAAUUUAUUCAUAAUUUUUCCAAUGAUGAAACAAGUACGGAAAAUUCACAUGGUCCAUUUACCAAAAGGUUAAUGACUAGUUUUAUCAAAAUCGAUGAAAAUGAACCCAUUGAAAAAAAUGAAAAAUUGUUAGAUGAAGAAACUAUAAAAACAAAAGAAAACUCUGAAACUGGUGAUAACAAAGAAAAACAGCCAUCAAAAAUGUCCAAAAAUCCGAUACAAAUUGAGCCACACCGAUCGCAAAAAUUUGAACGAUCAUUACGCAAAGUUCUUAAACAAAUGAAUCUGCUACAUUCUCAACCGAAAGAUACGAAUAAUAAAAAAUUUGAAAAAAUUCGUCAAUCCCUAUUGAAAAGUCAUCGAUUAGCUGAAUUAAAAACGAACUAUAAAUAUGCAUUCAAUGAUCUGAUUCAUGAUCGUAUGGAAAAGAAACUUCUUUCGACAUUUAAUAAAAUGUUCCACACAUACAAAUCAAUUCGAUCAUCUAGAUUAAAUACUUUGACUAAAAAUAGUCAAAAUAAUAUUAAUGUAGAUGAUUAUCGUCAAUUUGAUCAACUAUGGCAAACACGAGUACGGUUAUUAAAAUAUCUCAAUUUAUACAAUCGAAUAUGAGAUUAAUUUUUUUCAAAAUGAAAAUUUUCAGAUUCAUUUUAUUGUCCAUUAUACAUUAAUAAUUAUCUGACAGACGAAAUAAAAUUGAUUGAAAUGAUGCAAGGAAAAAAAAGAAAUAACAAUAUAUUUAUCAAUAUAAUAAUUAAUAAUAAUUUAAAAUUUGUGAUGAGCACGAAAUAUAUGUUUGUUGUGUUCAGAAAAAAAAUCAUUUAGGA